GUCGGUUGUGUUUCUGUGGUCGUAAAGUCAUUCUAUCUCAAUUUCCAUUGGUCACGAAAUCUUAGGGGUUAACUGUUGUCCAACCAGAUUCAAGGUCGCACCUCCGGGCGUUCAUUUAUUGUCAGACGCGGUUAUGGUAGUUUCCUACGAAACUCGCCAUUAAAAGGAUCAUAAUUAUUGGCGGUUGUCGCAUACUUUUCACGUAAUUUGUUCUCGAAAAAAUACACGAACAUGCCAGAAAAUGUGUUGAAUGGCGAUCAUGUGGAUGUAAAUGGAGCUAAUGGAGAACCGCGUGAACAUGAAGAAGAAGCUACUGAGGAGGAUGUUCAUUUUGAACCAAUAAUUACUUUACCAUUGAUUGAAGUGUCCAAUAAUGAAGAAGAAGAGGUCGAAUUAAUAAAACUAAGAGCGAAGUUAUAUCGGUAUGAUUCAUCAAGCGACCCAGCCGAAUGGAAGGAAAGAGGAACAGGGGAUGUAAAAUUAUUAAGACACAAAAUAAAAAAUACAGUCAGAGUGGUAAUGCGCAGAGAUAAAACAUUGAAAAUAUGUGCUAAUCACUUCAUAACACCGUGGAUGGAACUUAAACCAAACUGUGGCAGUGAUCGUGCAUGGGUUUGGAGUGUUCUUGCAGAUUAUGCAGAUGAGCAGCUGAAGCAAGAAUUACUAGCGAUACGUUUUGCCAAUGCCGAAAAUGCUUCCAUGUGGAAAGAAGCAUUCGAAAAGGCCAAAAAAAUAGUGGGUGCCGAGUGCGAGAUCUACGCCGGGAAAACAAAUCCUGAAGAAGCAAAGGAUGACAGCGAUAGCGACAGCGACAGUUCUAGUGACGUGAGCUACGGCGAAAGUAGCGAUAACGACGAACGGAAUAACUCAACAAAACCGAAGGAAGACACGUCACCAGUUCAGGAUUCCUCAGCUACCAAGGAUUAUCCAAAAGAUUUAACAGCAAUCUCUGAAAAAGAUACGAAAAAAACAGACGAACUAACUGAAAAGCUGGAACACUUAAACGUCAAAGCAGAUGGGCAGAGUAACUAACCAUACUUCAAGAAGGAAAACGUGACACUAGAAUUCGGAGUACACAUUCCAGCAAAACUUGUUUUACCGUGCUGAUAAUGACAAUGGGGAUCAUUCAAUUUUAACUACAUGAAAAUUGUUACACGAUAAACGGAGAACCGAAUAGAUUGAAUAAAUUUUCAAUUUAAUGAUUAAAUAGGAAUAUUUAUACAGAUGUUAUAUGUUGUCUGUGAUUUUUUAACGAAAGCGAUACAAAUGCCGACAUAGAGCAGAUAGGAGGAACAUUAUAAUGACAUAAUUUGUUGUACAAUGUGACUGAAAAAAAUAGAAUGAACGAACACGCAUUCUGUAUUUAACGCGA